AUGUUGCCCGAAAACAUCCUUUUGCCCUGGUUCAUUGUGGCGUUCCUCAAGACGGCCUGGCAAUGUAAUAGGCUUCUUAUUGAGGAGUCCAAAGGUGAACCAAGCGGAAACCAAGGUAGCAAUGACCCGGACCAACCGCAGAGCUUUCGCAGAACUGAAGGUGUCAGCCCGCGAGCCAAGAUUACGACUCGCACGCUGUAA